AUGUUACAGGCUAUAGUGGCACUUUCUACUAUAGAGACCGAGUACAUGGCCAUGGCGGAGGGAGUUAAAGAAGCAUUGUGGCUGUGGGGUCUUCUAGACGAUUUGGGGAUUGAGCAGGAGAGCGUGAACUUGUGGUGUGACAGUCAAAAUAAAAUGGCUAAAAUAGCGAGCGUUGAUUUCAAAGUCCUUGACGCUGCUGGCAAGAAUUAUUUGAGCUGGCAUGUGGACCUGAAGUUCCACUUACGUGCCCAGGGCUUAUUAGCCACAAUUUCAACUCCUGCUCCAUCGGCUCAGGUCACUGUUACGGGUAAUGCUGUAAAUAAUGCUGAGGUUGCUACUACAGUGAUCGUCUCUGAUAUAGAUAAGGCGAAAGCCAUUAUCUACAUCAGGAGACAUAUUGAUCGGACCCUGAAGGCCGAAUACCUGACUGUAGAGGACCCAAAGGAAUUGUGGACUGCACUUGAGGACCGAUACAAACAUCAGAAAGAUGUGAUCCUCCCACGUGCACGUUAUGAGUGGGAAAACCUCCGACUUCAGGACUUUAAGUCCGUAGCUGAGUAUAACUCAGCACUUCAUAAUAUCACCUCACGCCUGAAGUUGUGUGGUGAAGAAGUUUCGGAGGAACGCAUGUUGGAGAAGACUUACACAUCCUUCCACGAGAAGGAUGCAAUCCUCAUGCAACAGUACCGCGAACGAAAGUUCAAAAAGUAUUCUGAAUUGCACUCCACCCUUCUGAUGGCGGAGCAAAACAGAGAAUUGCUUUUGGCCACUCAUAACCUACGCCCUGCAGGCUCAGCUCCUCUACCCGAAGCUCACAUGUUUUCUUCCCAGAAGCAGAAGAAAAAGCAUAAAGGUAAAUUCAACAAGGGGAAAGCCCCUAAGUGGCAGGCCAGAUGUCCACCCCAGAAAAACAACCCGCCCCAGAGCAGCAAUAGUGAGGGAAAGAAGAAGUGGAAGAAGAAGACUACUGAGCUGUCGUCCAUUCCCAAGAACACUUGGGAGGACAAAUGCCACAUAUGUGGCAUGACUGGACAUUGGUCCAGAAACUGUCGCACUCCGCGACACCUCCAAGAUCUGUAUCUAGCGAGCCAGAAGUCUCCUGUUGAAACAAAUCUGGUGGAAAAGCAGCCGUCUACUCAGUUCACUGCUGAUGACUUCGAAAUGGAUGAUCUUCUCGACUAG